AUCCCAGAGAAAUAUUGUCUGUAUGGCUUUGGAUGACUCAAAAUAUUGCAUGAUUCAUAUUCUAAUGUCUUAAUUUUUGAUUUGGAGUUUUGUAAAUUUGUAAAAACAAUUCCUCUGAAGGAAAAAACACCUGUAUUAUUUUCUAAGUAAACGACUUUCCCUUUUUGAGUGAACUUCUCCUUUAAAUUCUUUGCUCUUUCCAGUAGGAGGCGCCAUUUUCUUACACAGGAUCCCCAGAUCCUGAUAGUUUGUAACAGGACACUGGUGACAAAAAUAAACAUCACUUGAAUAUAUAUAUAUAUAUAUAUAUCUCUUUGGUGCUCCGAUGGGGAUGCAGGUUUGAGUACGGCUUGCAUCCCAUCCCCAUUUCUAUCCCCCCAAAACCCCUUUCUAGGCUCCUUUCUAAUGAAAUGGGUGAAAAGCCCCUACCCCAAGAAUGAUUCAGAAAUCUCAUAAGUACAUUUUUUUUUAACCUAGUCAAAAGAAGUGUAUUUAAUUAAAAAUUAGUUUUAUUUUUAUAUAAUAUAAAAUUUAAAUAAAAUUUAAAAAAUUUAAAAUAGUCAUAAUUGUGCGUUUUUUCGACAAACCUAGAGAUUUUUUCGAAAUGGGUCCAUGUAUAGAAGCAGCACCCUGCCCUGAUCUCUCCAGCAGCAACCACAUAAUGAAUGAUCUCUCUCUCUCUCUGACUCCACCCAUCUGCAGUGCUGUAUAAGUAGUGUCCUGAUCUUUCUCCUCAGUAAUUCCUCUUCAGAUUUUUCCAGGAGUUUUGACCCCUGACCUCCGAGGAUGGAUAACGCCACAUACAGCUACGUGAACGACUGCACUCCGCUUACUAACUGUAAGUCCGGCCGUAAGGCUGGUGGCUCCACGGUGGUCAACAUGAGCCACGCGGGCAAGAAGCCACCAAACGACUACCUGAUCUGGUCGCUCUGUAACACUCUUUACGUCAACUUCUGCUGCCUGGGAUUCAUGGCUCUGAUCUACUCCAUCAAGGCUCGAGAUCAGAAGACCUUGGGCGACAUGCGUGCAGCACAGGAAUGCUCAGACAAGGCGAAGUGGUACAACAUUCUGGCAUCGGGCUGGAAUCUCUUGGUUCCUCUGCUGCUGUUGGGUCUGCUGGUCCUGCUUCUGGUUCAUCUGGGCAGCUCAGAGGGAACGUUUGAUUUCUUCGGUGAAGAUGGAUUUCAGAGUUUCAUGAAGCUCUUCAGCAGGUAGACAGAGCGACUCAAGCAAUCCCACCACCAAACGCUCCUGCAAACCUUCUGGACAGUUCACCCUCUCUCCACUUUAUCAGCAUGUUAUUUUCUUUGGCUGUGUGAUGAUGAAUUUAUUAUUAUUUAGAUUUGUUUUUUUUUCAUAAUUAAUGUCAAUGUACUGUAUAUCUAUCUACCCAACAACUCUAUUUUAUGAAGUAAAUUGGCUCUCUGUAUUUAAUAAAAUAUUUAAUGUCCUCAAUAUUUUUCCACAUGCGUCUCCUUGAACAGAUUUCUGUCAACAAUGGGAUUAAGUAAUUACAUUAGCGAUAUUUCAGCGAAAAUUCGACGGCAAUAAAAGUCAA